AUUGUGAGUUGAUUUUGAGUUGCAUCCAAAGACAAACCCAAAGCAACUUAUUCAACAGUUGAACCUCACUUUAAAUGAUUCAUGAAAAAAAUUCACUUUUCACCGGAAAUUCAACAUUUUACCAUUUAAUAAAGUGAUUAAUGUAAAUAUUAACUAGAUUUGGUUAAUUAAAAGUACAAUUGUGUGUGUCAAUUAAUUUGUUAACACAAGAGAAGAAGAGAAAAUCUUUUUAAAUUGAAAACAAAAAGUAAAAUUUAAGCGCAAAGUCGGUACAAAAUUCUGUUUGUUCAAUAUUAAUUAGUUGACCAUUUCAAGUUGCAUAUUGAAUUGUGAUUAAAAUGGAGCAUUUAACUUCGAUGAAACAUUGUUCACAAUUAACAGUUGAUUCAUCCAAAAUGGUUGUUAAACCCUUCAUCACAACACUCAGAUAUCGUUCCUUACUAUUCAUCUUGGUUACCUUUGUGAUCAUCUCAACACUUUUCAAUGUCAAUGCACAAGCAGAAGGCUAUUACAGCACCAGUGAUCGUCAUAUGGCAUCAGAAAUGUUGGAGGGUGUUGGUGACAAUUUAGCUAAACUGUUUCUUGCAAAAAAACGCAGUUGUAUAAAACGAGGGGCCAUUUGUGACCUCAAGCCAGACGGUUGUUGUGGUAAUUCAUUGUGUAAAUGUAAUCUCUGGGGAACUAAUUGUCGAUGCCAACGGAUAGGAUUAUUUCAAAGAUGGGGGAGAAAAUAAAGCAACCAUUGAAGCCAAUUCUCUGACACUGGUCCUUUCUUAAGCAUUGAAUAAUCUCCUUGAAUAACCAACGUUUAAUCAAACACUUCUCCUUGAAAUUACCUUCAACCUUUCAUUUUGAACAUCCAAGUUUGCCAUGUAUUUGAUUAUUAUUACCAAAAAACGCAACUCAAUCAUUUUUGAGCCCAAAUUAUGAUUAUCUACAAUCAAAAGAUAUGAAAGAAAAUAUUAAUUAAAUGAUCUCUUGUUUUCUUUAAAGCCAGUCAAUCUAACCUUUUGCUUAUUACCAAAAGACUAACCCAAUCCUUUCUAAUCAGAAGGUCAACUUAAACAUUACCACUAAUCCAAUAAGACCAACCUAAAGCAAAAUUGUCUCUAAUCUUGUACAAGUUAAUAGCCAUUAUCAAAUCUUCCAAACACCCUUCACAAUUUACCCAUCAAUGGUAAUGUCAACUGUAAGCAAGAAAAAAAAACAAAAAAGACAAAUGUUAAACCUUAAAUAUUAAAGAUUAGCAAACCGUAAAUUACCGUAAUCUAAUCUAAAAUUGGUAGCUAAUACUUACCUCUAAAAAUAAAUCAUGUUGUAGCUUGUCGAUCACGAGAUGAUUUAUUACUCAUCCUUAUCUAAUGAAAUGACAAUGAUUUAGAUAUAAUUAACUGCUAAAUAAAACUAAAACAAAAGACAAAUUCAUUAACGAGAUUUUUUUCUAAAUAAUACUAUCGACGUACAAAAGAUGUCGCCAUUAGUAAAAAUUCUACUUUGUCCAACGUCCACUCUUCUUUUGAUGUCACUACUAGUCUGCUGCAAAUGUUAGCUGUUAACAUUAAUCAUUCCCACAAAUUGUGUUCAAGUGUUCAUGUGAUUCCUUGAGAUGAUCAAACUUGAAUUUUGUUAGUUUCUUAAGUUAAGAGUAAUCUAACUGCUUGUCUUAUUAACAGUGGAGAGUGUAAUUCAACUAAUUUCAAGUGAAAAAGUUACCAACAAUCAACUCAUCAUUGUUGUCAAGCUACCGUUAACCUGUAAAAAUCUUGGUUCACCCAUUUUGCCCUUUUUGUGCUUCAACCGUAUUUAACUUUGCCUGCUUUUUUGCCUGUUUAUUGUUUCCAAUUUAUUUUAAUUUGUUUUCUUUUGGGUUUUUUACUUCUUGUGUUGUACCUUGACAUUUAUGAUUUGCAUGUAUUUUAUGCUUGUAAUCAAUUAAUUGGAUACUGCCAAUGGUUUAAUAUGUUCAAAAUAAAAUAUUAGACCCGAUGAUGCCAUUUACCGCUAUUUGAUGAACCAUUUUGGGUUAAACAAGUACUUGUGUGGAGGCAAGCAAAACUGAAA